AAUCAUGAGCCAUUAAGGUGUCUUAUGAGAAAGCGUGGUCCGUCCUCCAUGUAACGCAGUUAUUUCCUUUCCGGCCAGCACCACACACAUCACAUGUCACGAGUAGAAGAAGCAGGAGCAGUUUCGCUAGCUGCCUGCCCUGCCCAUUUCCGCCACCGUCGCCGACGUUCUAGCUAAGCUCUAUUCUUCAGUGGUCAGUAGGUCUGCAUUUGUCGUCGUCGUCGUUGUUGGCUGGCUGGAGAUUCCCUGAAUGCGUCUGCUUCUUUCUUUGAAUCUUCGUUUUUGAAUUGCGAAAUUGCGGACGGAUAGGUCUUUUUUUUUUCUUUUUUUUCGUUUAAGUGUAGGAAAAAUUGAAAAGUUGGGUCUUUUUCUAUUCCGCUUUUUUCUUUUAGCUUUUAGCAUUCUGUGCUCGGCUGAUAAUGGUUCGUUGUAUUUUGUCGUGAUUUCGUGUGGUUUAGAAUUUCCGUUCUUUAGAUCGUGGUGUUGAUUUUUUCGCUCGUUUUUGGAUUUGUUGCUUAGGGUUUCUUCCGUUUUAAGUGAAAAAAGCUUGUAGUUUUUCUUUUUGGGAGUUUAGGUUUCGAGAUCUGUUUAUGUCAAGCUAAAUUCGUUUUUUUUUUUUUUUUUGUCGGUUUGAUUGGCAGACGUUACGGCUAUUCUUUCUUGUAAAUUUCAUAUAGAACAUAUAAGAUUUCUGUAAGGCAUCAAAGCAGUUGGAUCUUUAGGUCAUUAGAAUUGCCAGCAAUUAGCUAUCAAUUCGUGUUUUAGCUCAGGAUAUAGGGUUUUCGCAUUUUAGCCUUUAGAUAGCUGUGGCGCUGGUGGUGGUGCAGCUGCUUGCGCGAAAUACCUUUGUAUGAUAUGAGGAGAAGUUUGACGAUUUAGGGUUUCGAGACUUAAUUCGAUAAACCUAUCUAAAUAUAAGAUAACAGAAGCAGGGCAUCAUGUUUUUGCAAUGUGGGGUAGAUGUAUCACGUCAAGUGGCUGCCUGAGUUACCAAGAUGAUUGAUCAAUUUAUCAAUUUUGUCAUUAGGCCGCCAAGGGCUGACUAUAACCCAGAUCAGUAUCUAUGGGAAAAGGAUUUUUCUCUUGGAGGUAGAAAAUACAAAAGAGAAGACAUUGAGCUUGAAAAUGAACGGGGACAUACCUUGAGAUGUAGCCACUAUGUUCCUUCAGAGUUCCCAGAUGAUUCUCCUCUACCUUGUGUUAUAUAUUGUCAUGGGAAUAGUGGAUGUCGAGCGGAUGCAAAUGAGGCAGCUGUGGUUCUUCUGCCUUCAAAUAUCACAGUAUUCACUCUUGAUUUUUCAGGUUCUGGGUUGUCUGAUGGAGAUUAUGUUAGUCUGGGUUGGCACGAGAAAAAUGACCUCAAGGUUGUGAUAUCAUAUUUGAGAAGCAAUGAGAAAGUAUCUCGUAUUGGUCUGUGGGGGAGAUCUAUGGGUGCGGUGACAAGCCUUCUUUAUGGAGCAGAAGACCCUUCUAUUGCUGGAAUGGUUUUGGACAGUGCCUUUUCUAAUUUAUUCAAUCUCAUGCUGGAACUUGCAGAAGUCUAUAAAAUCCGACUCCCCAAAUUUACUGUUAAGAUGGCCCUCCAGUACAUGCGCCGAGUAAUCCAGAAGAAGGCCAAAUUUGAUAUCAUGCGACUUGACUGCAUACAGGUUGCACCCAAGACAUUUAUUCCUGCUUUAUUUGGACAUGCCAAAGACGACAAAUUUAUUAAUCCUCACCAUUGCGAUGCUAUCUUCAAGUCAUAUGUGGGUGACAAAAAUAUCAUCAAGUUUGAUGGUGACCACAACUCAUCUCGGCCUCAAUUUUAUUAUGAUUCCGUGUCAAUUUUCUUCUACAAUGUUCUUCGCCCUCCUCGACUUCGGUCUCCAUAUUCAGCAAAGAUUGAAAAAUAUUAUGAUCUGGGGGAUAUCAAGGUUGGUGCUGAUAUGCAAGAGAGUAUAUUAUAUGAGAUAAUUGCUGGGCUUCGAAAUGUCAGUGUUGAUGCAGCAAGUUCUUCUUCUGCACCACGCAGUAUUUCGACAACAAAGUCUGUGGGGGAGCUCCUCUCUGACAUUGCACCUGUUUGUAAUGAUUCUUUGGGUGAAGAUCCCGAAUUUAAUGGCAACAGCACAUCAGCUCCACAGGACGAGCAAUGUGGUCAAAAUGAAGAGUGUUGCUCUCCCAGAAGCUCGAAUCGAGAAAGUUGGGGAAGGUGCUCAUCUCUGGGGAGUGAUGAUGCAUCUAUAAAUUGUACUAGUACCAGCAAUCAUGAUCAGACAGCUAUAAAGGUGCUUGCAACACCCCUUCGGAAUUCAGAAGCAAGUGCAUUAAACUCUUCCAAGGAAAACAGCAAGAAAAAGAAGAAAGCUUCCUCGAGUGCAAAGAAGUCCAAGCGUGAGAAAUUCGAAAAGCUGGAGGCUCUUAGCCAGCGUAUCCGUCUUUGCAUUCUCAAGAGAGUUAAUCAUAGGAGACAUCGCUCCUCCUGACUGACUGCUACCAUCAUUCAAUUUGUAUCAUAGAGUAGAAUUCCAUAUUCCCUAAUCUCAUUUUCCAUUCUCACUUGUGCUUUUUCUUAGUUUAUUGUAUCCUCUAAUAUGCAGGUUUUCUUUAUUUUUCAGUUGUGUUGUGAAGGAAAUCCUAGUUGAUGUAUUUUAGGCCUAGCCGGUUCGGUCUGGGCUUAAUCCAGUUGUGGUUGUAUUGGUCAACAAUUGCAUUUCUGUUAACAAUGCAAUAGAAAGAAACAAGAGUGGAAUUUCAUU